GCUGUGCAUAUUGCAUUUACACCAAGUAGUUAAAAUAACGAUGGACGGAAUACUCAAAGUCUUCGGUGGCGCAGGAACUAAAGCGAACCAGAAUGCACAGCCUUCAUUAUUAGCAGAUUGGCAGGAUUACUCAAACCGAAGCGGCGAUGUUGAAUCAGGUGGUGCCGCUUCAACCAGCUCUACAGCGGGGCUGUUUCAGUCCGCGGAGCAGGCUGGCACGAAGGUUACCGGAUUCCUGACUGAAUCACUAAAAACAGUCCAGACUGGAAUUACAAGUGGUGUGAGUACAGUCACGAGCGGAGAGGCAUUCAGCUUACCAACUGGCCAGGCGCUCGUCUACUUCUUCUCAUUCUUGGCAGCUGGCGGGGUCUUCCUAUUGCUGGCGUUUAUGCUAUUCCUCCCAGUCAUCAUCCUGUCACCCUCCAAGUUCGCGCUCAGUUUCACGUUGGGAUGCUUAAGCAUCAUGGCCGGUUUCAUCCAGCUCCGAGGUUGGAAGCAGCAGCUGCAGCACAUGGCGUCUCCCGAGCGGUUGCCAUACACCCUAAGCUACGUGGGCAGUGUAGCAGCCACCCUGUACGCGGCACUCGUCAUGCGCUCCUACCUGCUUUCGCUGCUCUGCUCGGGACUGCAGGUUGUAGCACUGCUGUACUACCUCUUGUCGUAUUUCCCUGGCGGCGCCAACGGCGUCAAGUUCAUGUUGGGGCUGUUCUACCAGGCUGCCACACGCUGCGCAAGCAGUGUGUACGGCAUGGUGUUGAAGUAGGGGUAAUGCAGGGGUGCACUAGAUACUGAUAAACUGAGCCGCGAGGAAGCACUGAAGCAGGGGAGGCGGAGUUGGGGCGGAGAAGGAUGGGGGCGGGCUUGUGGGGCACAGGAGGAAUGCAGUGUAAUGGAUGACAGUAGGGCAGGAGGGGAUGGUGUGUGGGUGGUGGCGGCCUGGCUGUUGGUGCCGGGCCGGUGUGCAUCAUGCCCUGACUGCACGGCAGGGUACGGAAAGGACCGUGGUUAAGCAAGUGAGCACGUUGCCUGGUUUGGGACUUGGGGCUUAGAUACCGGUAGUGGGAGGGGCGCCAUCGGCUGCCUCGCCAGAGGUGCCCAAGUGAACAAAGCCGGUUGCAUGCAAACAUGCGCGGUGGUGCAUAAACGGUACAUAUUGACGCUGCGGGGGAUCUGGCGGAGAGAGCGAAGAGUCAAGUGGGCACAUAUGGAUAGCUUCUUGCUUGAUGCUGUUUGAUGGCUGGCACCUGCUGGCAGGCGUGGGAGG